AUGGGAGGUCGUGAUGUGUUUCAUUUUCAACAAGAGCUCAAGUCGCUUGAAUCAAAUUUUGAGUUCUUCAUGGAGAACCAUAAUCGUCUGGUUGGAGAAGCUACGUCCUCCGAGAUUGGGCCUCAUGAUGAAAUUUUGGAAUCAGUCGAGGAGCAUGAUGGAGAUAUGUGUAAAUGGUUAGCGUUCAAAGACGCCUUUGAAACACUGGUACAUAAUUCGGCAUACCCAGAAGCGUUCAAAUUGGGAAAACUUCGUCAGCUUGAAAAUCCAAUUACUCCAUUAAAUAAUCUUGAUCCAAAAUUUUAUGAUACUCCACGCAGUCACAAUAACAUAGGCUUAAACCUUACCAACGACCAAUCGUAUUCACCAAAAAUUACGAACUGUAUUGCGACACAAGUAACGACUGCCACAAAUCGGGGAACAGUAACCCGUUCGGAUUCGGAUUCCGAAAGCGUUUUUACAGAUGAUGAUGAUUGGACGUACCCUAUGCCUUUACGUGAAAAUGUUGACCGAAAUACUAGGCCUUCCGACAGUUCCGUUGAAAAUGAAUCCUUUGUUUUAACGUAUUCGCAGCGGUUUUCUAAAUUACCUGAUGAUGUUAGUGAUAAAGCCAAUGUUUUCAAAUAUUAUGUGGACGCUGAAAAGAAACAUCAACCGCUCAAAAUAAUCAAAAAAUAUAAAAAUAAACAAAAUUUAUCUCUAGAUAUUAAAAAGAAUGAAAGAACUUUAAAAGAAAUAUUACAACUAUCCGACACGGAAAAUACUUCGCCAGCUAUGGGGCCCCUGGAUGUCAAUUCAAUAGUAGACGAAAGUUAUGAUAUACCACGAUCUCAUCAGUUGCCUUAUCAUAAUAUAGAUCAAAUAUUUAACGAAAAAAUAUGGAGCCCGGAAACUGAAGAGUUUUCAGAUUAUGAAUUGGCUACAACAGAACAUUCGAAAUCAAAUACUCAAAAGAAAUUACAAAAACAUUUCUAUACAAACGCGGCGCCUAAUAAACUUGAAGGAAAUGUUUUUCGUUAUGAUUUUAUUCAACACACCGAAUUGCCACCAGUAAACCGCAAACUUAAACCUAAACCUAGUAUUAACAAUAAACUACCUGAGGGAGAAUCCGAAAAUCAAUGUUUACCAGAGAAACCUAUAAAGAAAGCAUUUAUUGAAUCUUCAAGGCCACCUUCAGUGGAUAGAAAUCUAAAACCGAAUGUAUAUAAGGCAGUCAAUUCAUCAUUAAUGGAACAUGGAAUGCGACGUUCCGUAGAUAUGUCUUUUUCAAUAGAAAUAACGCCAGAAGUAGAUGAAUGUAUAUUAGAAACUCGUACCUUACCAAGGAAAAUAACUUCGCGUUUGGAUAGAAGUAAUAAUGGCGUGACUACAGAUAUUUCAGUUUUACACCAUCGGUCAAAAUCUGCAGCUAAUUCAAUGUAUCAAGAGUCUGUUAAAUGUAAUCCUCUGCAAAAAAAUACAAGGAAUGAACAUCGACUACAGUAUUUUGAUUUAGAUGUAACAAAUCCACCAACAAUAAAUCGACAGAGUAUAAGCACAAGCAAUUUAACCAAGGAGGAGUCUAGCAAUGUCGAUUUAUUACCCGAAAAUUCUUUAAAAAGCGGAGUGGUUUAUAAUUCAGUAGAUUUUGUGAAAACUGAAGCAUUUAAGCGUAUCCGUGAGGAACGUAAAAAAGAGAGUGAAGGUUUAAGUUCUAAAUAAUUUGAUAUUUUCUAUUUGUGUUUAGAAUAUAGCGAUAAUAGUUUUGUACAUUCAGCAAAUUAAUUGUUUUGUAAGUGUUUAUGUGUGUUUAAAAAUAUAAUUUUUGGAAAAUUCCUAGUAAAGAUAGUAUUUGCUGAAUUUGUGAAAUUAUUCAUAGUACCCAAAUGUUUAUAUAAUAAAUAAAUUCAUAUAAUAUACUUAAUUAUAUAAUUAUGUUUUUGUAAUACUCAAGUAGAAAAGAAAAACAAUUUGUUUUUUAUACCAACAAAUUUUUGUCGGUUUUGUGUUUGAUUGGUAGGUUUGUUUAUAUGGCUUUGUUGUACUUCUUGACCAAUCGUUAGCGUACUGUCAGCGAGGUCAAGGCUGAUACUGACGCUCUAUCGGAAUAGAUGCUCACAUCUUUGAAGGAGACCGCAUUAUAGAGCUGCUACUGUAAUAACAGCCACCUCUGUUUCAAUCCAUUCCUGAAAAAAAAAAUUCAUUGUGCGCUUUUUCUUGCAUUUUAUCCACAUGUUUCUCGCAGUAAUGAAUUCGUAGAGGAAACCACUAAGAGUAGACGGCGACGUAAUUUCGAAGGAUUAUAGAGUGGCUAGGCCAUGUUAGAGAGUGCUAGGAAAAAAUCACGUUAAUACCCCUGGUUUGCAUUUAGACUUAGCGAAAUAAAGUUAAAACAAUUCUACUUCAGUUCAACCAGACUCAUUUCUGGUAUUAUGAACUAAAAAAAAUUAAAUUUUUUUGAUAUUGCUUAUCUAUAAACGUGAAGAUUUAUCCGCUAAUUAAACACCUGAAAAUUUUUGAACGAAAAAUUAAAACUAUUCAACCGACAUUUCCUUCUGGGUGUUACAAACUUCGUGACAAACAAUAUACAUAUAUAAAUCAAAUUAAUUCAAUCCUACUUCGAUUAAUAGUAAUUUUCAUCUUACCAUAAGAUCUACGUUGUCUGCCUAGAUAAUGACCCGAAUCCUCUUUUUCCAAGUUAAUUUUACAUAAAGCACAGUUACCAACCUCAGCCCCCAGAUAUUUCAAGGAUUCCUUGUAAAAAUGUGCUUUAAUAUUGAAGUCGUUUGAGAUUGACCUCGGUUCCUAGCUUCUUCAUAACUCCAUUCUCCUCUUCUACUCACACCGAUUCGAUGCAGUCGGCAAACAUAACAAUUCGGUUGGUACCACUUUCACUCGUGACUUCUUAUCGAGGGAGGACUGCUUAUUUUGUGUGCCGGUUUCAGCUUAGCAAACAAGAUAUUUAUUUAACGCCGAUAUUAACUGGAGGCUCAACCGAUUUUUAAGUUGGCUUUCAAUUCACUUCAGUUUUUGAAAUACAGAAAGCAUACUCAACAACUUGGUACAUUUAAAAAUCGCUCCAUAGGUUUACAAAAUAAAAUUUAGUGUUAAGUCUUAAAAAAUAGAUAAUUCGAAUCGCUAAAAAAGUGGCAAAAAUACUUUAACCUAACCUAAAUAUAUAAUUUCGUUAACGAAUUGCCAUCGACUCUCUCUCUCAAAAAUUCAAGGAAAUUCAGUUGAUAUUUUAAUCCAUUUAUUAUACUUAUGCAGAUCAAAGACUUCUAUAUGUUGUUACUUGAAGAGAUGAAAAAAUUUACUCAGGGUAAAAAGACCUUAUCGGAAUCCCACUGCUUCUGAUAUAC